UGACUUAAGACGAUAGCGGAAAGUGCUUUUAAUCAUAUAAAUUAACGAAUUAAAUUUUAUCAGUUUUAAAAUAAAUUACACGCAAUAACGGAAUGCGAAACAUUAGAAGAACAUUGAUAACGGGACAUAUUCCAUCAGUCGAAUUAAUAGUAGUCGAGUUAAAAAAAAAGUCUGCGCGUCGUAGCUCAUAAAACGUUUUAUCCGACGUCCUUCUUUGCUAUAAGUGGAAAGACGUUCGCGUAAAAGUUCCGUCCGGGUGAAUCACUGGGUUUGCCCCUCGAUACAUUCACCUGCAGCUCGAGUCGUCGGGGUAAAAUAAAACGACCGUAAAAUAAGAUUGGCAGAGUGACAGACGAGAAGAAAAAUAGAAGUCGAGUCUAGUCUAAAUCUGUUUGAGAAAAAAGUUAUUUUUUGCUUCUCUCUUAUACGAAAACUUAAGAGCGUCGGGUGUAGUCGAAAUGACAUGGCAAAAAACGCCGUGGUUACCGUCGUCAGCAAAGUAUUGCAGUUUUGUGGAAAACGAGAAAGCUUGAAUGAUCGUUCGGCAGUCGAUAAUUCCUACGGACGAGAUACUUCGGAAGCGCUGGCGAUCGAUAGGAUGGGAUUCGUCAGUGAAGAGAAAAGAGGAACAUCGAUAGUCGAAUUGGUGAAAGAAGGCCAUACUUUAGGUUUAACAAUAUCUGGUGGCAUAGAUAAAGGCUGCCAUCCACACAUAUCUAACUUAAGACCAGGAAGUAUUGCCCACAGGUGUGAUGCGCUGGCCGUUGGAGACUAUAUUGUGUCAAUAAAUGGCAUUCGGACAAAUAAACUGAAACAUGAUGAAAUUGUAAAUUUAUUAAAAAAUGCAGAGGAAAAAGUUACUUUAGAAGUGGAGUAUGAAAUACCUACUUCAUAUGCUGAAUCAUCGCCCUGUGUCUGCCCAAAAGUAAUUCAAAUUAAAUUAGAAAAAGAAACCGGUAGUUUCGGAUUUACUCUUCGUGGUGGAGCAUGCUUGGACAGGUUAAAAUCUAGACCUCUAACAAUUACGAAUGUUCGAUUUGGAGGACCAGCAGACAGAGAAGGGACCAUUAAGGCAGGAGACCGUUUACUUGCAGUCGAUAGUUUUAAUUUAACUCUGGCAACUCUACAAGAAGCCAUGAGUAUCUUGAAACAGGUUACCAGGGAGGCAUUAUUCACCCUUGAAUAUGAUGUGUCUAUUUUAGAUGCUGUUAAUAAUGCAUCUGGUCCAUUACUAGUUGAAAUAGACAAAACACCUGGUUCUAAUUUAGGAAUUACAUUAACAAGAUUGCCAAAGCCUGAAAAUAAAAUGGUCAUUGAAAGUAUUAAACAAGCGAGCAUUGCAGAAAGAUGUGGUGCAUUGCAUGUAGGAGAUCAUAUUCUUUCCAUAGAUGGUACAAAAGUAGAUCAAAUGACUCCAGCUGAAGCAAUGCAAUUGUUGAAAGUAAAUGUAAAUGACAUGGUUAAACUGGAAAUUUUACCGGCAAGACAAAUAGCAAUUAAACGUGUUCCAGAUGUAAAUGUUCGAAGAGGUGCAUUAAUGCCGCCUGUGCCUUCUUAUAUGCCAAGUGUGUCUAGUUUCAAUACUUUAUCAUCAUUUGGUAGACAAUCUUUUUCAUCAUAUUUGUCUAAUCAACCAUUCCAUUCUACAAGAAAGUGGUCUGGAUGUAACGAUAAUACACAAUCUUCACUUCCAUUAUCGUGUGUUUCAAAUGCAUCUCUUGUUUUAGCUGGUGUUAGUGGACAGGUAUGCCAUACUGAUACAACCCAAGUCACUUUAUGUGCUGACUAUUGUGGAUUUGGCUUUUCUCUGCGUAGCUCUGCAUUUGCUACUGAAUUAUUGACGUCUCCUCCAGUAAUUUGCAGUGUUGAUCCUGGCGGGAUGGCUGAAAAAACUGGAGUUAUUCAAGUAGGAGAUCGUGUAUUGGCAGUCAAUAAUAAAUGCACAAAAGGCAUGACUACAGAUGAAGUAAUGCAUCUCAUUCAACAAUCUCAUCCCCGUGUCACAUUGGAUAUAGAAUUUGAUGUUGCUGAAUCUGUUGUACCUAGUAGUGGAACAUUUACUGUAAAACUAGCAAAGAAAGGAUCUGGGUUGGGUAUAACUAUUGCUACACCAAAAAAUCGCCAAUCUGGAAAUUUGCCAGUUAUAUCAGACAUUAAAAAGGGAAGCUCUGCACACAGAAUAGGAACAUUACAACCAGGAGACAAAUUACUUGCAAUAGAUUCUGUUUCAAUGGAUAACUGUAGCUUUGAAGAUGCUGCACAAAUUCUUCAGAACUGUGAUAAUAUUGUUAAAUUAAGAGUUCAGAAAGAUGAUUCUUUCUCAGAAGAUCCAAACAGCUCAGGAAAUAUAGUAUAUACAGUAGAAUUAGUAAGACAUGGUGGACCUCUGGGAAUUACUAUAUCUGGAUCAGAAGAACCAUUUGAACCAAUCACUAUAUCUGGUUUGACUGAAGAUGGAUUGGCUGAAAGGACUGGAGCCAUCCACAUUGGAGAUCGAUUAUUAGCAAUUAAUGGACAGAGUCUAUGCGGAAAGCCACUCAGCGAAGCAAUCACUCUGCUGCAAAAUUCAGACGAUAGUGUUACUCUUAAAAUAUCAAAGAGAUCUACUGAUCAGAAUAAUGUGAACAAGGCAAAAGAGAAUCGAUGCUUCAUUGACACCACUCCCAUUUCGAGUAUUGAUAGUGCAGUGGAAUCGUGGGCAAGCUGUGGUUUGGAUCUUUCUGUUAACGGAAUGCAGACUCGUCCAAAAUGCGAUGCCGAAUAUUGUGAUUUGGUUUGUACACCAACUUCUUUAAACAUCCGUUCUGCCUACGAUGACAAGUUCCAAGCGUCUUUAAAACGGUCAGAUCAUUUGAGUGAAAAUUGGGAAUUGAAGACGACGAGUUCGCAGAGUUAUGCCAGUUCAGCGGUUUCUGAAGAAGAAAAGGCAGAUUGGUCCAAGGUGUUGGAGGAUCUGGAGACUUGCGGCCAGUCACAACUGCUGCGACAAAUCGAAAAGACGAUCAUGGGAAGCGACCCUUCGGUGGAAUGCGAUCGACAAGACGAUGCCCAUAGAAAUCAACUGCGGUAUUUUUGUGAAGAAUCUCCCUCGCUCUCUGAUACUCGGGAUGUAAACGGCGAGAGAGAGGAAAGAAAACAGGGAGGAAGGGACGGUGGCUCGGCUCAUUAUCCAGAAGCCUACUCUGUGCCUGUACCCAUAGAAGUGCACCGUGUGACGUUAUUUAAAGACCAAAUAUAUGAAGAUUUUGGAUUUAGCGUCUCGGAUGGGCUGUACGAGAGAGGAGUCUACAUUAAUCGCAUUCGAGCCAGAGGUCCUGCAGAUCUGAGUGGACUUUUGAGACCUCUAGAUAGAAUUUUACAGGUCAACGACACCAAGACACACGACUUUGACUGUUGUCUCACUGUUCCACUGAUUGCGUCUGCAGGUGAUCGCAUCGAAUUAGUCAUCAGCAGACCGGCGUAUGAUGUUGAUCCUUUACGAGAAGGCAUCCCGACAGAUCAGCAACCUUGGGUAGAUGACGACGACAGCAAUCUGUACUCCUCGUCUCGCACACAAUCAAAUAAUAAUCAAAUGCUAACAAAGACGCUCUAAACACAACAGGACAUAAAUGUAAAUAGUCUGUAUAGAUAUCAAAUACUCAUCAAAUGUGUAAAUUGUCAUAACAGGUUGUCGAUAUUUUUGCAAUAGAUUCGACGUAUUUUGCUAUAAAAUUUCGCACAAAACUUAUUGCAUUAUACAAUAUAGAAACAAUGCAGCUGUACAGUUUAUAUUUAAAUGCUUCUGCAUAGUUCUAAUUUGUAGAUAUUUAAUGGAAUGUUUAUUUUCAUUUAAUAAUAAUUGCAUUUAUGAUAUACAUUUUAUUUGGGUAUCAUCACAAAAUAAAACUAAUAAUGCAAUAUAAAAUUAAAUGUAUUUUUAUUAUUUUGCAUUUGACGCUAUAAAAUAUUUACAUCCAAUAAUAGUGCAGGCACCAAAAAUAAAACAAAUGAUCAGGUAAAAAAGAGUUGGCAUUUUUCCUGUAAAAAUAGUCGCAGUCAUGCAAGCGAGAUGUCAAAAGCGUGCCGAAUUUACAUUUUGCCAAACAUAUACAGGUAUACCUCGCCUUACGUCGGUAAUUGGUUCCAGGAAAACGACGUAAGUCGAAUUUACUUGUCUCCGAAUCUACUUGUCACUAGGCUAAACCAUAAAUUACCAUUCCUGGUUCUG